CUCGUCGCGGCGGCCGGAGUAUGAGCCUGGACCGCGAGCUUCGCCAGUUGAGCAAGGCCAAGGCUAAGGCCCAGAGGAGCGGACAGCUGCGGGAGGAGGCAGCCGUCUGCCACCAGCUGGGGGAGCUCCUGGCCAGCCAUGGGUGCUACGCGGAGGCCCUGCGAGAGCACCAGCAAGAGCUGCAGCUCCUGGAGACGGCCGACGACCCCCUGGGCUGCGCCGUGGCCCACCGCAAGAUCGGAGAGCGGCUGGCGGAGAUGGAGGACUACUCGGCUGCCCUGCAGCACCAGCACCGCUACCUGGAGCUGGCAUGUUCCCUGUCCAACCAUGUUGAGCAGCAGAGGGCCUGGGCCACCAUUGGCCGCACCCACUUGGACAUCUUUGACCACCACCAGUCACAGGAUGCCUUGCUGCAGGCACGGGGUGCCUUCGAGAAAAGCCUGGCUAUCGUAGAUGAGAAGCUGCAGGGCUCACUGGCCAAGCGAGAGCUGAGUGAGAUGAGGACCCGACUGUACCUCAACGUGGGCCUCACGUGCGACAGCCUGCAGCAGGCGGCGCUAUGUCACGCUUUCUUCACGAAGAGCAUCUUUCUUGCCGAGCAGAACCACCUGUACGAGGACCUGUUUCGCGCCCGCUACAACCUCGGCGCCAUCCACUGGCGGCGGGGGCAGCACUCUCAGGCCAUGCGCUGCCUGGAGGGGGCGCGGAAGUGCGCACGCAUCCUGAAGCAGGGCUCCAUGGAGAGCGAGUGCUGCCUGCUCCUCUCGGAGGUCCUCCAAGACCUAGGGGAUUUUUUGGCCGCCAAGAGAGCCUUGAAGAAGGCCUAUCGGCUUGGCUCCCAGAAGCCUUUGCAGAAGGCGGUGGUCUGCCGGACUCUCAAGUAUGUGCUCGCGGUGGUCCACCUGCAGCAGCAGCUGGAGGAGUCUGAGGAGAGUGACCCGCGGGGCGCCAUGGGCAUCUGCGAGCAGCUGGGUGACCUGUUCUCCAAGGCGGGCGACUUCCCCAAGGCUGCCGCGGCCUACCAGAAGCAGCUGCAGUUCGCAGAGCUGCUAAACAGGCCGGGGCCUGAGCUGGCCGUCAUCCACGUGUCCCUGGCUGCCACCCUGGGGGACAUGAAGGAGCACCGCCAGGCCGUGCACCACUAUGAAGAGGAGCUGAGGCUGCGCGACGGCAGCGCUCUGGAGGAGGCCAAGACCUGGUUGAACAUCGCACUGUCCCGCGAGGACGCCGGUGAUGCCUACGAGAUGCUGGCACCGUGCUUCCAGAAGGCUCUCGGCUGUGCGCAGCAAGCUCAGCAGCUGCGGCUGCAGAGGCAGGUCUUACGGCACCUCCACGCGGUGCAGCUGAGGCUGCAGCCUCAGGAGGCCCCUGGCACUGAAGCCAGGCUGCAGGAGCUGAGAGCGGAUGAAGACGAGGAGGACGAGGGGGACGAGGACGACGAGGAGGACGAGCGGGAUGAGGGGGACGCCGCCACCCUGGAGGCCAUCGAGAUGGAGCUCUCAGAGAGCGAGGGUGAAGUUGACGGGUCCCAGCGGCUGGAGGAGGAGGAGCUUCAGGGCUGCCUGGGCCGGCGGAGGGUGAGCAAGUGGAACCGGCGCAAUGACGUCGGGGAGACCCUGCUGCACCGAGCCUGCAUCGAGGGCCAGCUGGGCCGCGUCCAGGACCUCGCGAGGCAGGGCCACCCCCUGAACCCUCGGGACUACUGUGGUUGGACACCCUUGCACGAGGCCUGCAACUACGGGCAUCUGGACAUCGUCCGUUUCCUGCUGGACCAUGGGGCCGCGGUGGAUGACCCGGGUGGCCAAGGCUGUGAGGGUAUCACUCCCUUGCACGAUGCUCUCAACUGUGGCCACUUUGAGGUGGCCCAACUGCUCAUCGAGCGAGGAGCAUCCGUCACUCUCCGAACCAGGAAGGGCCGCAGCCCGCUGGAGACGCUGCAGCAGUGGGUGAAGCUGUACUGCAAGGAUCUGGAUGGCGAAACGCGAGAGAAGGCUGCUGCCAUGGAGACGCUGCUCCAGGCGGCCUCUUCGGGCCAAGCUCCCCACAGCUCCCUGGCUCCCCCGACCAUCCCAAGUAACCAUCUUUUUGACCCUGAGACCUCUCCUCCCUCAAGUCCCAGCCCAGGACCCCCAGAAGGCUGUCAGGCCAGUGCCAGGGUCCCCCAGGGGCUGGCGGUGCCAGCUGCAGCCAGGCCUUGGAGGAGCAGGCACAAGCUGGCCAGCAGUAGCAGCUCGGAUGGGGAGGACAACCCAGGCCCGCCCCAGCCAACCCAGAAGAGGCCCCGGCACUCUGGCCCGUCACUGCCCGCCACGGCCCGGAUGCCCGGCCCCGCCAGUGACGGGGAGGCAGCCACAGCGAGUGCCGGCUGGGCAGCCUACCGGGCGGCCAUCCGCAGUGUGGGCAGUGCCCAGAGCUGCCACCUGGGCCCCAGUCCCCCUCGAGGCCCCGGCGAGGCCCCCAGCCCCCGGGCGGCGCUCCUCCCUGAGGAGGAGUGCUUGGCCGGGGACUGGCUGGAAGAGGACUUGCCGCUGGCCCACGGUCAUGGGGGCAGCCACCCGCCCCGCCCCCAUGGCAGUGCGGAUGGCAGCAGACACAGUGCCUCGGGGUCAGGCAGUGAGGUGAGCGCCAUCAGGCCUCGGGCCCGGGCCAGGAAGAGCCGGCUGUCCUGUCUCAAGAGUUGGAGUGCACGGGUCAGAGCAGAUGGAGCCUAUAGCUCAGCCGCAGAGCCCCCGCGGAGCCCUGAUGUCCCCAGGGCCUUGGGGCCCAUUGGGGGAAACCCUACAGCAGGCCAGCCCUUGGGUCAGGCCCUGCUCCCUCCCAUCCGAGUUCGAGUUCGUGUUCAGGAUAAUCUUUUUCUCAUCCCCGUUCCACACAGGGAGACCCACUCCGUGGCCUGGCUGGCUGAGCAGGCCGCCCAGCGUUACUACCAGGCCUCUGGGCUGCUGCCUCGGCUCUCCCUACAGAAAGAGGGGGCCCUGCUGGCCCCACAGGACCCCAUCUCCGACGUGCUGCAGAGCAAUGAGGAGGUGUUGGCUGAGGUGACUUCUUGGGACCUUCCCCCGCUGAAGGACCGCUACCGCCGGGCCUGCCAGAGCCUGGAGCAAGCGGUGCACCAGCAGGUGCUGCAGGCGAUGGAGCGGCAGGGCUCAGGCCCCGCGUUCAGUGCCUGCUCCCUGGCGCUGCGCCAGGCCCAGCUCACCCCGCUGCUGCGGGCCCUGAAGCUGCACUCAGCACUCCGGGAGCUCCGCCUAGCCGGGAACCGGCUGGGGGAUGGAUGUGUUGCCGAGCUGCUGGCUGCCCUGGACACCGUGCCUGGCCUGACCCUCCUCGACCUCUCCUCCAAUCACCUGGGCCCUGAAGGGCUGCGCCAGCUUGCUGUGGGUCUCCUGGGGCAGCCCGCCUUGCAGAACUUGGAAGAGCUGGACUUAAGCAUGAACCCCCUCGGGGAUGGCUGUGGCCAGGCCCUGGCCUCCAUCCUACGGGCCUGCCCCUUGCUCAGCACCCUGCACCUCCAGGCCUGUGGCUUUGGCCGCAGCUUUUUCCUGAACCACCAGGCGGCCCUGGGCAGCGCCUUCCAAGGCGCCAAGUGCCUGAAGACACUGUCCCUGUCCUACAACGGCCUGGGUGCCUCCGCCCUGGCCCAGGCCCUGCAGAGCCUGCCAGCCCGCACCCUCCUGCGCCUGGAGCUGAGCUCUGUGGCCGCCAGCAAGAGUGACCCAGGCCUCACGGAGCCCGUGGUCAGCUACCUGACCAAGGAAGGCUGCGCCCUGGAGCACCUGGGCCUGUCGGCAAACCACCUGGGCGACGAGGCUGUGAGAGAUCUGAGCAGAUGUCUGCCUCUCUGCCCCUCGCUGGUCUCGCUGGACCUGUCUGCCAACCCCAAGAUCAGCUGUGCCAGCCUGGAGGAGCUCCUGUCUGCCCUCCAAGGGCGGUCCCAAGGCCUCAGCUUCCUCAGCCUGUCAGGCUGUGCUGUCCAGGGCCCCCUGGGCCUGCGCCUCUGGGACAGCUUGAUAGUGCAGCUGCAGGAGCUGCAGCUGUGCAGCAGACGUCUCUCUGCUGAGGACCGGGAUGCCCUGUGCCAGCUGCUGCCCAGCCAGCGGGGCCCCAAAGCGCGCACCCUGGAUCGGGGGCCCAAGCUUUUCUUCAGGCGCCUCUGACUGGCCGAGCCGUGCCCCGCCCUCCCCACACGCCCAAGCCUCUGAUGAAGGAAGCCGCUGCUGC